UUCGAUGUUACGGUGGAUUCGGGCGAUCCGUGCGUGCUGAGCUACACUCCCUCCCCAGGAUUCCAAGUGAACUCCGUCAGAUGGAACCACACCAAUCUAGUGGUUGCCAGUACUGGGGAUGACAGGAAGAUCUCCCUGUGGCAUAAAAAUGGUCAAAAUGUGGGAGUUAUACCCCUUUGUGGGAGUGUUCUUGGUGAUGAUAUAGAAGAGGCUAUAGUUUCUAUCAGCUUUAGCAACAAAGGUUCUAGAUAUCUUUGUUCUGGUGGAAGUGGUAAUAUUGUCAGAAUAUGGGAUUUACAAAGAAAACGCUGCAUCAAAUGGUUGAGUGGUCAUACUGAUACGAUCACCGGUGUCAUGUACAACUGCAAAGAUGAGCAUUUGGCAUCCAUCAGUGUGAAGGGGGAACUUAUUCUCCACAAUCUUGCUUCUGGAGCACGGGCUGCUGAACUCAAGGAUCCAAAUGGGCAGGUAUUAAGAGUGCUUGAUUAUUCCCGACUUAGUCGGCACAUUUUGGUGACAGCAGGUGAUGAUGGAUCUGUACAUCUGUGGGAUAUAACUGGCCGCAGUCCAAAGAUUUCUUGGCCGAAGCAGCAUUCUGCUCCAACAACUGGUGUUUGCUUCUCACCAUCAAGUGACAAGAUAGUUGCCAGUGUUGGUCUAGAUAAAAGGUUGUAUACAUAUGAUUCUGGGACAAGAAGGCCCACAUCAUGCACUCAUUAUGAGGCACCUUUCUCCUCGCUGGCAUAUCAUGAUGAUGGCAAUGUACUGGCUGCUGGAACAAAUAGUGGACGCGUAGUAUUCUAUGAUGUUCGGGGAAAACCUCAACCUUUUACUGUUCUUCGUGCAUAUCAUAGUUCUGAGGCAGUUGCAAGUUUGUGUUGGCAAAGGUCAAAGCCUGUCAUUGUAAAUGAGAAUAGUUGCAGUGCUGAAAUUGCUCUUCUUGGAGGUACCGGUGAAGAUUCUGUUCUUAUGCCAGAUCCCCUGCCUUCUGCGGCAGCAUUGAGUUUCCCUCCUGCAACAGUGCCUAGCUUUCGCUCUUCUUUGACAACAAGCACUAGUGGGUCGACAUCAACUACACCUACAGUAGAGGUAACUCCACAGCGGAGUCGACUUUGGACAGGUGGAUCUUUGGCAAAGCUACAAGCACCCCGGUCUAGUUAUAACUUAAAGGAUGAUGAUAUGGAUGUAUUUUCCCCGCUUGUGGAUGUUCAGCCAAUCACGCCAUCUCUUGGCAAUUGGUGGGAUGACCAUGAUGAAGCAAAAAAGGUUAACGUGCCCGGCGAGGAGAAAUCUGCUGCAUUUCCUUCCUCAGUUAGGAGAUUUCCUUAUAGUGAAGGAAGCACUGAUUCUCAUCCAAUCUCAGAUUGGAGGUCAAGUUCAACAUCCAAACAGGACAGUGCUUCUGUUGCAUCAUUGGUUGCCACACCAGUUGCCUCUUCAAGGAGUGAAACAUCAUCUUUCUCUCCAACCUCUCCUGGAGCCUGGGGUGGGAAUGCAUUGUCGGACAAGUUAACUCAUCACCACCAGCCAACUUCACUGGCACGCUUCGUGCCUUCUGUAUCAUUAGCUUCUGGGUCCAUAUUUGCAGGCUUGCAAGAUUCAUCUUCAUCCAUCAGUCACUCCACCAAGAACUCUAUGAACAAUUCUAGCACAAAUUUUGUAACCCUGCAGAACAAACUUACAUUAAACAAUACAAAUUCUUCUGAAAUCGUGGAAUCCUCAUCUGCCUGCCACCUUAGCUCUGUCUCCGCAUCGUUAGGAGCUAAGACAAUAUCAUCAUCAUCAUCAUCUAAUCUUGAGUUGCCAGGAACAGUGCUGUCAACUUUCUCUCGGAGGUAUACGGCAUAUGCUGAGAGAAUAAGCACCACCUCUUCCUUCAGUGAGGGAAUAGCUUCAGCAGUGGGUUCACCAAAAUCAAAGAAAACAGGAGCAGAACCUAGAGAAGAAUUGUUAAAUAGCUUGCUAUCAAGGCAAGAAGCAUCAACUACGUCUGGGACAGGGAGCCUUCCAGCAAUCAAUGGAGCGCCAUCUCAAUCUAUGCGAACAUUAGGUCAGCCAACAGAUCAACAAGGAACUUCAUUUUCACUUCAGUUAGUCCAGCGCACUCUUGAAGAGAGUUUGGGAUCCAUGCAGAAGUCCAUCCACGAAGAUGUGAGGAAUCUUCAUAUCGAGCUGCUAAGACAAUUCCAUAUGCAGGAGAUAGAAAUGUUGGGCUUGCUGACCUCAAUCCUAGAGAAGCAAGAUGAGUUGAUGAAAGAAAUACAGUCAUUACGGAGGGAAAACCAGCAGCUCCGCCAACUACUUGAAAGGGAUUUCAAGCAAAUUAUAAUCCAUUUUUUUGGGUGUUUUUGACUUUUAGAAUGGUCAAGAUUUGUGGUGUGCAUAUAGUUUAAAAUAAUUGGAUUACUGCUUAGGAGCUCAUCAAUGUGUAAGCAAGGUUAGAACUAAAAGAUUCUCUGAAAUAUUAGUAUAUUUUGACCAUGCUGAUGUUCUGGGUUAUGCUUAUGAGAGAGAAAAAGUAGAGAAUAUAAUUGAGUGGAUUGAGAUGCGAUUUUGUCUUCAGAAAUUGUAUGUGAUCAUUAUAGAUUUCAAUUAUUGGGUUUUAAAGUAUGUAGAUAGUUGUACAUAUAUAAGAAUAUCUGAUUGCAAAGCAA